AUGAUAGAAAUUAUCCCUGGAGAAAGAAGACAGCUUCUCAAACUUUUAAAACCUUCUGGAGAAAAAUAUACCAGAUUUAACUUUAAGUCUCUAAAAGCUAAUGAUCCAACCAAAGUUUGGCCCCUUACAAUGCCACUAGAGGACCAAAAUAAAUGCCAGCAGAGUCCAUUGUCCAUCCACUUCCUUCAUGAAGCUUCCUCCAUGAACUUCACUGUGGACCAAGCCAAGCCACCAGCAAUCACCUCGCUCAAGGUCUCUCACUGGUGCAGUCUGAUCCAGGUGCAGUGGUGUGAGCCUGUGGUGGAGUAUCUAAUUUCAGCCCACAUUGGAAUCUUGGUUGGAGCCUCUCUCUUCGCCAGUAACAUUGAAAGUGGCCACUUUGUGGGGCUGGCUGGGACUGGAGCAGCUUCAGGGAUUGCCACUGGAGCCUUUGAAUGGAAUGCCCUGUUUUUUGUGGUUGUGCUGGACUGGGUGUUUGUUCCCAUUUACAUCAAGGCUGGGGUAGUGACAAUGCCAGAGUACCUGCGGAAGAGGUUUGGAGGCAAGCAGAUCCAGAUUUACCUUUCCGUUCUGUCCCUGCUUCUCUACAUAUUUACUAAGAUCUCGGCAGACAUCUUCUCUGGAGCCAUAUUCAUCAAUCUGGCUYUGGGCCUGGAUAUAUACCUGGCCAUCUUUAUCUUAUUAGCAAUCACUGGACUUUACACAAUCACAGCUUUCAAUGAAGUGGGAGGGUAUGAAGCCUUCAUGGGAAAGUACAUGAAAGCCAUUCCAACCUUAAUUUCUGAUGGAAACACCACCAUCAAGGAAGAAUGCUACACCCCAUGGGAAGACUCCUUCCACAUCUUCUGAGAUCCCCUGAAGGGAGACCUUCCAUGGCCUGGGCUCAUCUUUGGGCUGGCCAUCCUCGCCUUGUGGUACUGGUGCACAGAUCAGGUGAUUGUGCAGUGCUGCCUCUCAGCCAAGAAUAUGUCUCACGUGAAGGCCGGCUGUACCCUAUGUGGGUACAUGAAGCUGCUGCCCAUGUUCCUCAUGGUGAUGCCAGGGAUGAUAAGCCGCAUACUCUACACAGAAAAAAUUGCCUGUGUCUUUUCAGAAUGUAAAAAAUAUUGUGGCACCCCAGUUGGCUGCACCAACAUCACUUACCCAACCUUGGUAGUGGAGCUCAUGCCUGAUGGCCUYGGUGAGGCAGAACUUCCUGGUGGGGAAGGUGUGGCAGAGGAAAGUUACCUCAUACAGCCAGAAGGCGAGAAAAGCGUGAACUACUUCAUUCCUGUGGGAGCCUUUUGGGGACUCAUCCUAGGAUUUCUGAUUGGGAUUUCCCAUAUGAUUACUGAGUUUGCCUAUGGAACUGGGAGCUGUGUGUAGCCCAGCAACUGUCCCACCAUUAUCUGUGGGGUCCACUACUUGUAUUUUGCCAUUCUCCUCUUUUUCAUUUCUGUCAUCACCAUUGUGGUCAUCUCCCYCUUCACCAAGCCCAUUCCAGAUGUGCAUCUCUAUCGUCUCUGUUCGAAUCUGCGCAACAGCACAGAGGAACGUAUUGACUUGGAUGCAGAAGAGGAGAACCUCCAAGAAACACCGAAGGAUACCAUUGAAAUAGAAGUUCCAGAGGAGAGAAAAGGGUGCUUCAGGCGGGCCUAUGACCUGUUCUGUGGGCUGGACYAGGGACCUAAGAUGACCAAGGAAGAGGAGGCAGCUAUGAAGAUGAAGCUGACAGACACCUCUGAGAAGCCUUUGUGGAGGACAGUAGUGAACAUCAAUGGCAUCAUCCUGCUACCUGUAGCUGUCUUUUGCCAUGCAUACUUUGCCUGA